AGCGAGCGAGAGAGAGAGAGAGAAAGAAAGAAAGAGAGGGAGAGAGGUGAUCGAGUCUCAGCCGGGCGGCACGGUAACGGCGUGUUCCUCAAUCGAGCACCGUAGGAAAUGGCGGACACGACUGUAGACGCUACGCGACGCCUGAACGUGAAAAAACAAACGCUGGAUGACGCUUACGCGGCGCCCGCCAACUUCCUCGAAAUCGACGUAAUUAAUCCAAUCACACAUGGUGUCGGCAAGAAACGUUACACCGAUUACGAGGUCCGCAUGAGGACAAACUUACCAGUCUUUAAAGUAAAGGAUUCAACCGUGAGGAGACGAUACAGUGAUUUCGAGUGGCUGAGGAAUGAAUUAGAAAGAGAUAGUAAGAUUGUAGUGCCACCUUUACCAGGGAAAGCCUGGAAACGUCAGAUGCCUUUUCGUGGAGACGAUGGCAUAUUCGAGGAGGAUUUCAUCGAAGAUCGGAGGAAAGGCUUGGAGGUUUUUGUUAAUAACCCUUUCAGCGCUAUGAACCCGUCAUAUAUAUGUGUUCCAAUGCUAACGUGUAUUACGUCCAGUCUGGCGGCGUAUCGCGUUCGAUCGAAGGUUUUUUUAGUGCUGAAAAGGUUAAAGGAACGGCCAUUUACUACGCCCGACAAUCGGACAAAUCGUCACAGGUCGUCGUUGAAACACGUCCGGACAUCCCUUGGCACAGAACGAACGAUGUUUACACAUGUUUCUACAGGAGGCUGUAAUAGACAAGAACUAUGUACCUGGAAAAAUACGUAAUACAUAAGUACGCUCGUAAGGAAGUAUCACAAGAAUACCUUUUUCCACCAAGCCUUUACUACCUACUCAUGAGAGAGAGGUCACGUUUUCAUUGUAUUGACAUCUUAUUCGGAAAUUUACACGUCCCUCGAUAUUUUUGCAACAGUUAAACUUGAGCGAACUUCCAAUUGCGCUACGACCGUCGAAUCGGAACACGUGUUUGGGGAUGUACACACACACACACACACAUUCACACAUUUAGUUCACUCUCCGUAAAUAUGCUAAUCUACGAUAUAAAAAUAUAAUAGCUAAGCGUCUUUAUAUGGAGGAGGAGGAAAUAAAAUAGAGUAAAUCGGCAAGAUCA